GUUUGUUCUUCAAUGGAAUAGACAGAGAACUAGAGUUUGAAAACAAUUUUGGGAGGUGAAAAAUCACUCUGGAACAAGUUCUGAUUAUUGCAAGUUCCUUUAUAACAAUAUCACCAAAAUAUUUGCCACUUUUCUUUAAAUGUGAACACCAUUUGCACAUUCUGAAAACAAUAGUUUUAAGAAUCUGGCUCUGCAUCUGGGGACACUCACAGCUCUCAGCACCCAGCCCUACUUCUUUCAAAAUGUCUACUGUUCAUGAAAUUCUGUGCAAGCUAAGCUUGAAGGGUGAUAAAUCUAUACCACCAAAUGUGUAUGGGUCAGUCAAAGCCUACACCAACUCUGAUGCACACCGGAACACUUUAAACAUUGAAAUGGCCAUCAAGACCAAAGGUGUGGAUGAGGUCACCAUCAUCAACAUUUUGACCAAUCACAGCAAUGAACAGAAGCAGGAUAUUGUGUUAGUUUACCAGAGAAGGACCAAAAAGGAACUUGCAUCAGCACUAAAGUCAGCCUUGUCCAGCCACCUGGAGAUGGUGAUUUUGGGCCUAUUGAAAACACUUGCUCACUAUAAUGCUUCCAAGCUGAAGGACUCUAUGAAGGGGCUGGGGACUGAUGAGGAUUCUGUCAUUGAGAUCACCUACUCAAGGACCAACUGGGAGCUGCAGGAAAUUAACAGAGUCUACAAGGAAAUGUACCAGACUGACUGGAGGACAUUAUUUCUGACACAUCUGGUGACUUCUGCAACCUGAUGGUUGGCCUUGUAAAGGGUAGAAGAGUAGACGAUGGCUCUGCCAUUCAUUAUGAUCUGAUUGACCAAGAUGCUUGGGAUCUCUAUGAUGCUGGAGUGAAGAGAAAAGGAACUGAUAUUCUCAAGUGGA